CCGUGAUGACGCGAGCAGCAGCAGGGCCAGGGUCUGCGGGUGCUUUGAUUUGCCGGCACGCCUCCCCCUCUCAAAAUGGGAAGAAAUCGGAAGGCGCCUGAAUAGGAAUGGAUCUUGAUGAUAAGAUAAAGAAAGGACAGGAAAUGGGGGCAGUUCUGGAUUGAUUCUCCUCUACUAGCUCUGGCCGGCGACCAAAGCUCUGAGCCUCUGUCCCUGUGAGAGACCGACCAUUGCAGGUAGCAGUCGUGCAAGCGUGGCAUUAAAGGCUUCUUGCCGGGCGGCCAACCAGAACAAGAACCCCAGAAGCGAAGAUCCUAGGAGUAGCCGCAGCAGCAGCAGCAGCACAGUGCGUAAAGAGGAGGAGGAAGCUUUCCUUUUACGGCCACCGAAUCAGUCGCUGCCGUUUUGACGGCGGCGACCCAAUCCGCGGCUCGCAUUCCAGUUUCUCGCCGUUUUCAGUCAGUCUACCGCUAGUUGUGGGGGGAGUAUAAAAUACUCCGCCACCACCACGGCCCAGCUGCGCGGCAGCGGAAGCCUCCUCCCGACCUGCCUGCUCUGCCCCUCCCCAGAUCUCCACGCCGCGCCGCCGUCCCACCCCAUGGAGCACGACGCCGAGGCGCGCCGCGGGUUCGCCAGGAUGGGCUUCGGGUGCAAGCACUACCGGAGGAGGUGCCGGAUCCGCGCGCCCUGCUGCGGCGACGUCUUCCACUGCCGCCAUUGCCACAACGAGUCCACGAAAGACGGGCACGAGCUCGACCGGCACGCCGUCCAAUCGGUCAUCUGCCUUGUUUGCGACACCGAGCAGCCGGUUGCGCCGGUGUGCUGCAACUGCGGAGUCUGCAUGGGGGAGUACUUCUGCAGGACGUGCAAGUUCUUCGACGAUGAUGUUGACAAGGAGCACUACCAUUGCAAAGACUGCGGCAUCUGCAGAGUUGGAGGUAGGGAAAACUUCUUCCACUGCCAGAAGUGUGGAUCUUGCUACUCGACGACCCUGCGGGAGAAGCACUGCUGCAUCGAGAACUCGAUGAAGAAUAACUGCCCCAUCUGCUACGAGUACCUGUUUGAUUCGUUGAGGGAGACGUCCGUGCUCCGGUGUGGGCACACGAUGCACCUGCAGUGCUUCCACGAGAUGUUGAAGCACGACAAGUUCUCUUGUCCCAUAUGCUCGACGUCUAUCUUCGACAUGGACAAGUUCCUGAGGGCCCUGGAUGCAGAGAUGGAAGCAAGCUACUGUUACAUGGGAAAGGGAUGGAUCGUGUGCUACGACUGCAGGGACACGACGCAGGUCUUCUCCGGCGUGGCGGGGCACAAGUGCUGCCACUGCCAGUCGCACAACACCUGCAGGGUCGCUCCCCCCGUCCUCCCGUAGCCUGUAGCGGUCGCCAGAUCAUUGUCCAUCUGUCGAUCUCUAUACGUGUCAGCGGCGAAGAUACGCACGUGUCAUUAUAGCUUCCAUUCUACCUAUGUCUUCUAUUCCAGUCCAGGAUGAACUGCGGCAUUUUCGUCUCACCACAUAAUACGCAGAAUUAGCGUACAUACACCCAGCUUAUGACGCAUUUGUACCACAAUGAAGGUCAGGUCUCUAUGACAGCAAUUUUGGAUGGAAAAUUAUUUUCCGCGGGAUUGGAAAAAUAGCUAUAUCUACAUGAGAUGUGCUUUUGUUGGAAAUGCGUAAUAUUUAGUUCAAA